CUCUUAGCUUUGCAUGUGGGGUGUGGCAGUUCCUUCUUUGUCCACACCCCUUUCUGUCUGACUGUCAUCUCUCUCUCCUGCAUCUUUAUUUAUGUGUACUCUCGCUACUUCUUCGGAUGCCAGCCUGCCACUAUCUCUCUCUCUCCCUUCCUCCCUCUGGUAUAUAUAUAUUUAUUUAUAUAUAUAUAUAUAUACACACACACAGAAGAGGAGGAAGAGGAGAACCACCUUUCUCUUCUUCUUCUUCUUCUCUUCUUGCCAUCGUGAUUUUCUGGUUUCGAUCGAGGAAAAGAAAUGGAGUCGCAGAGACAGAACGUGGGGAUCCUCGCAAUGGAUAUAUACUUCCCUGCGUCAUGUGUCCAACAGGAAGCUUUAGAGACGUACGAUGGCGCGAGCAAAGGAAAGUAUACGAUCGGGCUGGGGCAAGAGUGCAUGGCCUUCUGCACAGAGCUGGAGGACGUGAUCUCCAUGAGUUUGACAGUUGUCACGUCCCUUCUUGAUAAGUAUGGGGUUGAUCCUAAACAAAUUGGGCGCCUAGAAGUAGGCAGUGAAACUGUGAUUGACAAGAGCAAGUCCAUCAAGACAUGGCUUAUGCGCAUAUUUGAGGAUUGUGGUAACAGUGAUGUUGAAGGAGUUGACUCUACAAAUGCAUGUUAUGGAGGAACUGCAGCUUUAUUCAACUGUGUGAACUGGGUAGAAAGUAGCUCAUGGGAUGGACGCUAUGGCCUUGUAGUAUGCACUGAUAGUGCGGUUUAUGCAGAAGGGCCUGCGAGACCCACAGGGGGUGCUGCUGCAAUUGCAAUGUUGAUUGGGCCCAAUGCUCCUAUCGCGUUUGAGAGUAAAUACAGGGGAACCCACAUGGCUCAUGUUUAUGAUUUCUACAAGCCCAAUCUUGCAAGUGAAUACCCAGUUGUGGAUGGGAAGCUUUCACAGACUUGCUACCUUAUGGCAGUAGACUCUUGCUAUAAAAGAUUUUGCAGCAAAUACGAGAAAUUUGAAGGGAAACAGUUCUCUGUUCUUGAUGCAGAUUACGUAGCCUUCCAUUCUCCCUACAACAAGCUUGUGCAGAAAAGCUUUGCCCGACUUGUUUUCAAUGACUACUUGCGGAAUGCCAGGUCUGUGGGGGAGGAUGCGAAGGCAAAAUUGGCACCAUUUUUAGCUCUGAAUGGUGAUGAGAGUUAUCAAAACCGUGAUCUUGAAAAGGUAUCUCAACAAGUGGCCAAACAACUAUAUGAUAUGAAAGUGCAACCAUCAACCUUGUUACCAAAGCAAGUUGGCAACAUGUAUACUGCAUCUAUUUAUGCAGCUUUUGCAUCUAUUAUUCAUAACAAGCACAAAUCCUUGGAAGGGCAAAGAGUCUUGAUGUUCUCCUAUGGCAGUGGUCUUGCUUCAACCAUGUUCUCCUUGAAAUUACAUGAUGGUGAACUUCCUUUCAGUUUAUCAAACAUUGCCAAUGUGCUUGGUCUCUCCAAAAAGCUGGAGUCCAGACAUGUGUUUUCACCAGAAAAUUUUGUUGAAAAUAUGCAUCUGAUGGAACACCGAUAUGGAGGUAAAGGAUUUGUUACGGGUGGCGACAAGAACUUGUUGUCCAAUGGAACAUUCUACCUAACGGAGGUCGAUUCUGCGUACCGGAGGUUUUACGCCAAGAAGUCGGAAACUGGGGUUGCAAAUGGAACGACCAUCCAUGAAAAUGGCAUUGCCAAUGGUCACUGAACCACCCUUGGUCUACAGUUGGCUGUGUGGAGGUACUAGUUUGCUCAUGUAUGUUUUAGAGAGGUUGUUUUAGAGAGGUUGUAGCUCAAGCUGAUAAUAUAUUUUUUUUUUCAAACAUGUCGCUGAACUGCUCCAAAAUAUCAAACUAAUUUAUGUUAACAUGGGACCUUCUUAUCUUCUGAUUAGUGAGAGUGGUUUACUCUUUGUUCCUCU